AUGCAAACAGACUCCUCCGCCGUCCCACCCAACCACGAUCACAGGAAGCAGGAACCAGAGAUCACCUUGAGGCCCUUCGACCUCUCCGACGUCGGCGCCUUCAUGACAUGGGCGUCGGACCCCCGCGUCACCCGCUUCCAGCGCCGCGGCCCGUGCACAAGCGAGGAGGACGCGCGGCGGUACCUGGCGGACCACGUCCUGCCGCACCCAUGGUACCGAGCCAUCUGCGUCGACGGCCGCCCCGUGGGCUCCAUCAACGCCAAGCCCGGCCAGGGCGAGGAGCGCUUCAAGGCCUCCGUCGCCUACCGCCUGGCCUACCAACAUUGGGGCCGCGGCAUAGCCACGACUGCGCUCAGGGCGGCCGUUUCCUCUCUCCUCGAGGAGUGGCCGCACUUGGAGAGGCUGGAGGCGAUCGCCGAGGUGGAAAAUCCGGCGUCGCAGCGGGUGCUGGAGAAGGCCGGGUUUCUGAGAGAAGGGCUGCUGAGAAAGUACGUCAUGUUGCAUGGGAAGAGCAGAGAUGUGGUGAUGUAUAGUUUACUGGCUACCGGCCCAAACUCCGAUGACAUCUGACUGUGGAAAUGCUGUGUGUGGCAUUUGGUUUUUGUGCUUGCAGACGUAUCCUAAAUUUCUGGACUUUGGAUUUGAUCCCACAAACUUUCUUAGAGAAGAAA